AAUUAAUACAAACUCAUUCAUUGAAAAAGAAAAUGAAAAUAAACAUCAAAUAAUAUCUCCAUUAUCAGAUACAGUUAUUCCAGAAAUGUGUAACUAUAUGGAUACUAAAGAAGCGGAGAAAACAGUUAAUAAUAAUAAAUACCUACUAGAUAAUAUAUACUCUGAAUAUUUUUUGAAGAAUAGAAAUGAAAUUUAUAUUAAAGAGGAAAUUCAGAUUUUAGAUUCAAAUGAUUAUAUUGAUGAUAAUUAUUCGACUAUAACAAAGAAAAAUGAAAAUAAAAACAAAUUAAUAGUCAAUGGAUUAGUUUGUGAACAUGAAAAGUGGACUGAAAAGUAUCCAGACUAUUUGAAAUUUAAUUGUGAGAAUUUUGGAGUAAAUGAAGAUCUAAUUAUAAAAAAUGCAUUAUAUGAUAAUUGUAAAACUGAACAUAUUAAUUCUAAAAUUAUUAACAAUUAUCAAAAUACAAUACUUUCUGAAUCUGUAAAAAAACGAAGAAACAAACGCAAUAAUAAAGAGAAAUCUAUACUAUCAAAAGAAGGAAUAAAAUUACAAAGUAAAAUAGUAAAAAAAAAAAUUAAGACUUCGGAAAUUGACAUUGAAAAUUUCAAUAAUGAAAUUUAUUUAACAAACGGAGAAAAUCUAAACAACAUGCCGUAUGUUAAAAAUACUAAUGUGGAAUUUACACUAGAUGUAAAGGAGUCGACGAGGGAUCUUUCUUCUAAAGUUGAACAAGUAUGUAUCGUAAAAGAAGAAGCAAUACUUCCUGAUUAUUACGUUGUAGAUACAAUUGAGAAUUUGAAACAUAACAUAAUCAGCAAUGAAAUAGCUUUACUUAAAGCGGAUUAUAGAGGAGAUGAUAUACAAAAAAAUUUAGAUGGAAAGAAUAAAUUAAUAUUUAGCAAAAGAGAAAAUCUUAUCAAUUAUUAUAAAACCAUUUAG